UACGGCGGGCGGCGCGGGUCAGGCCGCGCGUUCCGCGGAGGCGCGCCGGGCAGCAUGGAGGGCGGGCGGCGCGGAGAGGCGGCGGCGGCGGCGGCGGCGGCGGCGGGCGGGGACGGGCCCGCGCCCGUGUUCACCCUGGAGGAGGUGGCGAAGCGGAACUCCAGCCGUGAGGCCUGGCUGGUGAUCCACGGGCGCGUCUACGAUGUCACCCGGUUCCUGGAGGAGCACCCAGGUGGAGAAGAGGUCUUGCUCGAGCAAGCUGGCAGAGAUGCCACUGAGAGCUUUGAAGACGUGGGGCAUUCCACAGAUGCCAGGGAAAUGCUGAAGCAGUACUACAUCGGAGAGGUCCAUCCGAACGAUCGUGGAAAGGAAGCUUCUAAGAAUCCAAGCAGGACAUCCUCAGGCCAAACCAGUUUCUGGUCGACAUGGCUGAUCCCCAUCUUCGGAGCACUGGCCUUAGGUUUAAUGUAUCGCUAUUACAUAUCGGAUGGGAAAAGCUCCUGAGCUUUCCUGGCCUUGCUGGGGCCUCAGACAGCCUGAAAAGAGGGAGAGAGAGAGUGUGUGUGCAACACGUGGAGUUCUGCUGCCCUUAGCCUUCCUGCCUUGCUUUUAGCUCUGAGUCUGUCAAGUGAUGUUGAUAGAUCCAUGGGACCAAGCUAAUUCCAAACUCUAUCCUAACUCUGGGACCCUCAGAUCUGUUGUACUUCCCUCUUGCAGUGGCAGGGAAAUAGGAACUUCUGUUAUUCCCUGACAUUGGUGUGAUGUCCCUCGUGCUCUCUCUCGCUCUUUCUCGCUCUCUGACAUAACCCCCAGACAACCUUUUCUCUCAAUGCCUUUGCUUUAAGCCAGACACAUGAAAGAGCUGCCCUGGGCCUGUGGCUCUGCCUCAGCCCUUCACACAGUCGGGAAUCAUCUGCCAGCUGUCUCCAGCCCUUGCCAGAAAAGAUGUCCAAGGCUUUGGUUCCGCAAGAACGUUCCCAGAGCGUGCAGGCAACACUAAUUGGAGUGGCAGGGAGUUGUUGGUUUGGCCACCUCUUUCUCUUCCUGUCUGUUUUUAACGGUUAAACAAAUACAUGGAUUUUAAAAG